AUGUCGCUGUAUCUCACAUCUCGCGCUGGGGCCAUGCGGAACGACGAGUAUGAGCAGGUGCACCUCGUGGACUUGCACGUCGGGCAGGACACCAAAGAGAACUUCGACAAAGACGUGACGGAGCACCAUGGCCAACAUGAGAGCCUGGAAGAUGCUGCGGCCGGAUAUGUAUGCUGCAAAUGCCCCGACAACAGCAUCCACCGAAUGGGAGACCAAGCAGGCUGCGGGACAUGUACAGAACUCAAACAACGCGGCGCCUGUUGA